AUGGUGAAUUAUAAAUAUAUAAUAGUAUUUUUAGAUUUUCUUUUUUUCUUACUAAAAAUAUAUGGAAAAGAAUGGUGUAAAGCAAAAUUUGAAUAUGGAAAAUCUGAUUAUGCAGAAUGCUUAAAUGAAGGAGAUAAUAUUACAAAAUAUAUGAUAGAAACAGUUCCAAUAAUUUCAAGUGAUGUUAAUUUAUAUAGUAAUGUGUCCAUAGUAUUAUCUAAUGGAUAUGGUUUAAAAACAAAAGAAAUAAUUAUAGGAAAUGAAAAUGAAGGAUUAUUAAAUAAAAUAUUUUCUGUUAGAAAAGAUAUAGGAAAUCCUGAAUAUAUACACAUAAAAAUGAAUUCACCAAAUAAAAAGUGGAAAUGUAAAAAAAUCACUAUAUGGAAAGACUUCAAAUAUUGGAUAUUUGAUUGCAUUGAUCAUUUAGAUGAUAGAAAACCAGAAGCAACUUACUUUUUAUCUGGAAAUAAGUUGUACACUGCUUAUGUUCAAACGGGUAAAGAUAUAGAAGCUGGAACUACAGGAACUAUAGAAAUUAUUUUAUUAGGUAAUGAAAAAAGAAGCAAUACAAAAAUAUUGCAUGAAGGAUUUAAUUCUGGGAGUUUAAAGAAAAUUAAAUUUCAAGCUUCUGAUGUAGGAACCUUAGAAGAUAUAAUUUUGAGCAACAAUUCCAAAAAUGAUCCAUGGUAUUGUGAUUUUGUUAAAAUAAAAAGUGAUAAUAAAGUUUAUGUUUUUAAUGUUAAAAAUUGGAUUGGUCAUCCUUAUGAUAAGAAUGUAAAAGUUAACAUAAAAAAUGAUAAUGUAGAAGGAACAGCAAAAGAUAUCGAUUGUCAUAUCCGUGCUAAUGAUUUAAUAAAUACUAAUAACUUACCAAAAAAUUUAGCAAACAAAGUGCAAAUAUUUAAAGUUAGAUGUCCACAAAAUUGUCAAAAUGCAGAAUUUGCAUCUAUUGAAGGCUCUUCAAUCCAUCCAUCUUCAAGUUCUAUUUGCGCAUCUGCUAUUCAUGAUGGGUCACUAAGUCCAAGUGGGGGAGAACUCAUUGUUACUGUUGGAAGUGAAUUGAAAUAUUAUCAUGCACUUAAUGAAAAAUAUAAUGGAUUAGAAGCUAUGGAUUUUAGUACCAAGGCAGAUGAGAAAAAUUUUUCUUUCUAUAGUUAUCAUUUAGAUUCAAUAGAUGAUAUAAAAAGUGAUAUUAGAAUUGUUAAUUCCUUUGGAAAAUUGUCUUCUCUAGGUAGAUUAGAAAUACGUACAAAAAAUAUGUGGGGAAGUGUCUGCAAAAAAGGUCCAAAUUUUACAUUCAAUGAUGAUACAGCUAAAAGAGCAUGUAAAGAUUUAGGUUUUCCUAAUGGAAUUUAUAUAAAAGAAAAUUGCGGGAAUGUUAACGGACAAAAUUAUUGUGCCGAUUAUGGUUAUCCAUUUAGUAGUGCAGGAAUAAUGUGCUCUGGAAACGAAAAAAGCCUAGUUAAUUGCAAUGGGGACGAUGCUUCUCAUUGUAUAGAUCAUCAUGAUGAUGUUAUUAUUCAGUGUUUGCAUUAUUCAAGUAAUGAAUUGGUAAGUGAUGGAACUAUUAGAAUUGUUGAUGUAAAUGGUUCACCUUCUAAUAAUGGAGUAGGAAGAUUACAAAUUUAUUACAAUGGAACUUUUGGCUCUGUAUGUUCUGAGGGAUGGGCAAAAGAAUCAGAAAAAAUUGUUUGCCAAGAACUUGGUUAUACAGGACUGAAAGGAAGUGGUUUUUCUCAUCAUUUAUGUGCCAACAUAUCGGGAGAAAAUUUAUGUGGUCAUGAUACAGAAAAAAUAAAUGCUGUUAAUAUUAAAUGUAAAGGAAAUGAAAAAUAUCUAAAAAAUUGUCCUCAUGAAACACAUGAAGAUAUAUAUUGUUCUCAUGAUGAAGAUAUUGUAAUUGGUUGCAGUGGAGAAGGAGAUGCGUCAGGAUUAGGAAUAUCGGGAAAAAAAAAUUUAAUGAACUUAGAAAAAAAAAAUUUUCAUCCAAAAAUUGAACUAACCUGUUUUGAUAAGAUAGUUUCAAAAUCAGAUCUAAGUAGUGCUAAUGUAGGGGAUAUUUUCAUAGUUAAUUGCCCUGAAAAAUGUGACGAGGAAAUGGGAAUAAUAAAAGGUACAUUUUUAUAUACAUUUGAUUCUCCUAUAUGUAAAGCAGCAAUUCACGCUGGGGUACUUACUAAUAAUGUUACAGAAGACAUUGUUGUAAUUAUUGCACAUAAGCAUAAAAACUUUAUAGGAACAAGAAGAAAUAAUAUAGAGUCCCAUACAUUUAGUGGUAUCUCUAAAAGUUAUAGUGUUAGUAUACCAACUACUUCUCUCUUGAAUAAAGAAAGAAGAAGCAAUCCAAAAGCAGAAGAUGAAAUCUUAAAAAAAGAAGAUGAUUUUUCUUACCAAAAUGUAUUUGAUAAAAAUACAAAGCAUUUGUCUACUUCUAUCCAGCCUACAUUUCAAUGGAUUUCUCCAACAGGAUUUCUAGGUUUUAAUGGAAAAGAGAAUGAUUUUAUAGACUGUAGUAAUUUACCAAAUGAAAAAUAUAUUAAAGGUCUUUAUAAUUUUUCAUUUAUUAUUUAUUUUACUUUAAAUGGAGGAGAAGGAACAUGGAGAACUAUUUUGUCUCACAGUUUAUGUGAAGGAAUUUCUAUUUCAAUUGAUGAAGAAAAUGAAUUAAUAAUAGAGCAGAAUUGUAAUCCUUACAUAAUUAAAAGUAGAUUUAAACCUAAAUUUGGAGAAACAUAUCACAUUGCUAUUAUUUUUAAUAAAACAAACAAAACAAUUGCUUUAUAUAUAAAUGGAAAAAAAGCUAUAUUCGAAAAAGCAAAAUAUGAUUUCACCUUAAAUGGGGAUUUAAUUAUAGGUAGAUCAAAUCAAUCAACAACUGAUUAUUUUAUAGGAAAUAUUCAUUUAGUAGAGGUAUACAAGUAUGUAUUGUCUGAUGAAGAAAUUAAAGAAUCUCUAAAUUCAGUUUUAUCCUUAGAUUAUGUAAACAUAAGUACUACAGAAAAUAUAAAAAAAAAAAAGAAAAAAGGAGCAAGAAAAACUAUAGAUGGUAGAGAAUGUAUAACCCCUUGUAAAUCCAGAAGUAUUAUAAAUAAAGACUUACAAGUAAAUGCAGAAAAAAUUAAUUUAAAAUGUGAGGAUGAUUUACUUUCUGAACAAUUUAAUGGAAAAAUAGGGUCUCAAUUUUUAGUAAAUUGCUUAGAAGACUGCACUAAAUCAAAAUUUUUAGUAAAAGGAAGUAAUAAUUUCUACACUCCUGAUUCAUCAAUAUGUAAAGCUGCUAUACAUGCAGGUAUAUAUAUACCUAAUAAAAAUAAUGUUAACAAAGGUAGCUUUAUUGUUAGAAUUGUUGAAGGUUUAUUAGAAUAUAAAUCAUCUAGAGGGCAUUUUGGAAUAGUUAGUAAAUCAGAAAAACAAUCUCAAUUGAGAUCUUUCUCUGUUUUUUUGGAAAAUGAAGAUAAUAUUUUUACAUGUUCUACAAAUGGUCAAUUUAUAUUAAAUUUAUCUGUUGGUGAAAAAAUAAUCAUUUCUUGUCCAUCUAAUUGCGAUAAAGUAAAUAAUAAGAUCUUUGGAACAAAUAUAUAUAGUCCUUUAUCUUCCGUUUGUAAAGCAGCUAUACAUUCAGGUGCCUUGUCAAAUCAAGGGGGUCAGGUAGAAAUAAUUGUGGGACCUAAACAAGAAGAAUUUAAAGGAUCCAAACAAAAUAAUAUUGAAUCAUAUGACUCUACAAGCCAGAAUCUUUCUUUAACAUUUAUGAGAUAUACAGGAUAA